ACGCGGUUUUCAUCAAUUAAGCUCAAUAAGCUCAAUUAAUCAAUUAAUCAGUUAAUUAACUGACAACGCGUAGCGCGUGUCGCGUUUCUUAUCAUCAAUCACUGAUAUUUGACCAACUACCGACCACACCACCCAUACCUUUGCCAUACACUCCGGGCAGGAAUAUCGGGAACAUCAAGCACACCAGAAAUACCAAAAUGGCAUCUACAGCACCCCAUCGUCCCCGAGCAAGACCUGCCCAUACUCAGGGUGCAACACACUGCGCCUACACUCCAGACGGAUCUAAAUUGGUGACCGUAGGAUCAAAUAACACAAUUCGAUUAUACAAGACAGGCUUCGAUGGCGAGCCUAUCAACAUUGACGAUUGCCAAGAACAGAAUUUGUGUGUCGAUGCUUCUAACGAAUUUUUUGUUGUCGGGUCUGAAGAUGGCACCGUCAGUUUUUAUUCUAUUCCCAACGCCAGUUUCGACAAAUUCCUACUUCGAUGCUCUCUUCCGAUACGCGACGUUGCCCUCUCACCCGACUCCAAAUGGUGCGCUGUGGCGAGCGACGAAAUGACAGUCAAGCUUGUCCGAACAGACGAUAAUGUCCAGAUCCGUCACCUUAAGGAGCACAAUAAACCUACGAAACACCUAGCAUUUGACACAAAAGGGUCCACUGUUACCCUAGCUUGUACCGAUGGAAUAUUAUACGUGUACUCACUGACGUCUGAUGAGCCGGAGCUUAUAAGAAAGGUCGACGGUGUCAUUGGAGCCUUAGAUGUCGAGCUCGACGCCAGUGCAAAGGUUGCAUGGCACCCCGACGGGCGGGCUUUUGCAGUCCCCACCCCGACUAGAGAUAUUCAGGUCGUUUCUAAGAACGAUUGGGAGAAGCAGCGAGCCUUCGCGAACGGCCAUAAUGGAGAUAUCACUGCCUUGGCCUGGUCCCCGAAUGGAGCAUUAUUAGCCUCGGCCGGCAAGGACAAGAAACUUUUACUGUGGGAGACUAAGACCCAGAGUGUGGUGGCUAGGUUCGAUUAUGUCAAUGUCUUGGACAUUGCAUGGCACCCUACCCAAAAUCUAGUUUCUUUCACGAAUUCGGAUGGUGAAGUUUAUAUUCAUGUAGACUUUGUACCGGAACAAUUUGCGCCCUUGUUGAAGCUCGGAAAGCAGCCGGCUCCGUUCAUUCAUGACCCCUUAUCUGAGACUUCGGCGAUUACAAGAAGGCCUCUAGACACUGGCUCAAGGCCACCGCCCGCAGGCGGGCUCAGUAGACGGAAUAGGGCCGCUAGCUAUGAUUCACUUAUGGAUGGGGCUUUGCCGGAUGACGAAGAUGAAGACUUCGUGGUGGAUGAUGAUGGAGCUGGAUACGUGAUUAAUGGAAAUGGUAAACGUGUGCAUGAUGGGCUGGGUGCUUUUAGCGAACCGUUGAGUAAGCGUCCUCAUAUGGAGCCCGAGUACCACGAGGCCUUUCAACCGGGAUCUACGCCAUGGCGAGGAAACCGGAAAUACCUCUGUCUAAAUCUCAUCGGAUUCGUUUGGACAGUGGACCAGGACGGUCACAACACAGUCACCGUGGAAUUCUAUGAUCAUGAGUUCCACAGGGACUUUCAUUUUACCGAUACCUUCCUUUACGAUAAGGCUUGCUUGACCGAAAAUGGCACUCUCUUCUCAUGCCAACCCAAAGAUGACAUGCCGGCGACAAUAUUCUAUAGGCCACAUGAGACGUGGACUAACCGCACUGAUUGGAGGACACAGUUACCAAAGGGCGAGUCUGUUCUUGCCAUCUCGCUAAGCGACUCCUUCGUGACUGUCACGACCAGUGCAAACUAUGUCAGAAUAUACACUCUUUUCGGUAUCCCGUAUAAAGUAUAUCGACCCAAGAGUAGUCCAAUGGUUACCUGCGCAAGCUGGAAGGAUUAUGUCAUGACAAUUGGCAACGGCCCUGUCUCUGCAGACGGAUACACUAAACUGCUGUAUACGAUUGAGGAUGUGAAGAGGGAUGAGAUUUGCCAAAACGAAGAUACCGUAGCUCUUCCAGAGGGUGCGACAUUAAAGAGUGUUUUCUUCUCUGAUAGUGGCGAUCCGUGUAUAUAUGAUUCCACGGGAACACUUUUGACCCUGUUGCACUGGCGUCGGCCAUCUAGGGCAUCUUGGAUACCUAUCCUGGAUACCAGGCUCCUCCCGCGUCUAGCGUCUGGCCGGAAGUCUGAGACAUAUUUCCCAAUCGCAGUAGCCGAUGACAAGUUUCACUGCAUCAUUCUCAAGGGCGGUGACCAAUAUCCAUACUUUCCACGCCCGCUACUCUCCGAGUUCGACUUCUCCAUCCCGCUAACCUCAGAACCACCCAAGCCGAAGCGCAAGAACCCGGAUAUCAUGGACCAGGAUGACAUGUCGGAGCCCGAGGACGACGACGACGAGCCAGAGACGCGCAAGCUGGAGCAGCAGCUUUUGCUCAAGGGCAUCGCGGCGGCGCAGCUUCAAGACCUUGCGGAUUCGACGAGUGGAGGACACGCGCAGAGAUCCAGCCUUGCGCGCCUCGAACUCGAGAUAGACAAAACGCUGCUCCAGUUCUUAGCCAUCGAGUGCCGCGAGGGUGAGGACCGCGGCAUGCGUGCUCUCGAACUCGUCCAGCUCAUGCGUGACCGCACUGGCCGUAUGGUCGAAGCCGCCGGCAAAGUCGCCGAGCGGUACGGACGGUCGAUUCUCGGCGAGAAGAUUCGCGAGGUUGGCGAGAGACUGGCGAGCGGUAUGGAAGAGGAUGAUUAAGUAUACCUAGGUAAUAGCUUUAUCGCUUAGCUUUGCCACAUGCUCUUUACACCCUAAGAAAGCCCCGUUUUUUAUUAUAUAGGGCUCCCUUUUUACGAGAUGGGGUGUAUACUAUGACAUAGCAUAGUUAAGAAGCAUGUAUGACUCCUUCGUAAUCGAUGGUAUGACUUGUUCUCGCUUUAGUCAAGUCUUAUCCACGUUUUUACUAACGAAAUAAUGUAUAUGGCAACGGCAACUUGAAAAUAGAAGUCUAGGAUGAUUUGUUCGGAGAGACUCAUCUAAAACUGGCGGAGGUAAUUAGUUUUCAACAUAGCAUAUUGGACAUAGAUCGAGAAGCACAUAAAAGUUAUGUCAUCAAUGGAGAAUUUAUCUCAGAAAGAUCCCGUCGGAAACA